AUGCUUGCUGAAGCUGCAUUGAACUGUACAGCAAUACAAAUUCGUCUACUAUUCGCUAUAGCGUUGACUACAUGUUUCCCAGCCCGAGCACAGAUAUUAUGGGAAAAUCACAAAGCUUCAAUGACUGAUGAUAUAUUGCAUCAACAUCGUAUACGGUGCCACGAUCUAACUAUAAGAUUCAGCGACGAAAUAUACAAUGAAGCAUUGAUUGCUAUUGAGGAUCUUUGCAUUGUCAUUGCCAACUUACCACUUAGUAAUUUCGGUAUGAAUUCGCCAAAUCGAACUGCACCUGAUUUAAUGAAUACUGAAAUGAAUCGUGAACUGCAGUACACUACUGUAGAAAUAGCAGCGAUUGUUGCCCGCAAUGUCCCACUAAUGAAUGAGGAACAAAGAACCAUUUAUGAUCGCAUUAUGCUCGCAGUUUCAGCUGGACAAGGUGGGUUCUUCUUUUUGGAUGCACCGGGUGGAACUGGCAAAACAUUCGUUAUUUCGCUAAUUCUUGCUGAAAUACGAUCAAAUAAUGGCAUCGCAUUGGCCGUUGCAUCAUCGGGCAUUGCAGCAACUUUAUUGGAUGGAGGUAGAACAGCUCAUUCAGUAUUUAAGCUGCCACUAAAUAUUCAGAAUAACCCUGACGCAGUAUGCAACAUUAAGAAACAAUCGUCCAUGGCCACUGUGCUGAAACGGUGUAAAAUUAUUAUUUGGAAUGAAUGUACUAUGGCACACAAACAUUCACUUGAGGCGUUGAACAGGACAUUGAAAGAUAUUAAAAACAGUGACAAACUAUUUGGCGGAACUCUGUUGGUCCUUUCAGGUGAUUUCAGACAAACACUUCCAGUCAUUCCACGUUCAACAUACGCUGAUGAGAUCAACGCUUGCUUAAAAUCAUCUCCAUUGUGGCCAAAUUUAACGCUCUACAAGAAAGGUCUCCUAUGA